CUUGUUCAUAGUUUUUUUUUUAUUUUUUAUUUUUUUAUUUAAACUCAGGUACUUACCUGUUUGUCCAUUUUAAGCAAGUAUAUAAUCUCUGGUGAAAUAAUUUUAUUUUUUAUCAAUUUUUUUUCUAAAACAAAAACCCCAAAUUUAUUUGUUAGGGUUCUUCAAAUCCAUGAACAUUGAUUCUCUUCGUCAUCUCCCUGGUCCCAAAUUUCUUGUUAUCGUCGUUACAGAUUUUCGUUGUAAAUGAACAGAUCCGUCGGAGAGAGAUGUCGUCGGGGGAAGUAAAAAAGGAGGAAGAUAAGAAGAUAAUUUUCCAGAGCACACACAUCAAUCUCAAAGUGAAGGGUCAGGAUGGAAUUGAAGUGUCGUUCAAGAUCAAUAGAAACACACAACUGAAAAAGCUUAUGAAUGCAUACUGUGAUCAUCAAUCUGUGGAGUUCGACUCCAUUGUUUUUCUGUUUGACGGGCGUCGCAUCCUUGCAAAGCAUUUCCCCGACGAACUCAAAAUGGAAGAUGGCGAUGAAAUAGACGCCAUGGUUCAUCAAUUUGGAGCUGGUUCUGUUUCUAUUGUUUAAACAAGUGCCGAUAUUUAUCAUAUAUUAUGAGUACAAUUAAUUUCACUUUUUAUCAAUCUAUUUUAAAGUUAGUAUCAAAUUUAUCUUGCUAGCUUAAAUUGUUUUAUUAUGCACCUUUUAUUAUUAAUGGCUAAAAUGCAAUUUCCACUUUUCAA